AUGGCAGAGACCUUACAGGCCAUAUACGUCCGCGACUACGAGGCCCGGUCUCAGCCCAAACCCCACAUUGUCUACCGCGUCGAGGUUCAUGCCGCAGUGCGGACCUGGUCUGUCUGGAAGCGAUACUCGGAAUUCGAACAGCUCCACGCUCGCUUUACUGAACUCUUCCCAGACCACCCACCGCCCCAGCACUUGCCCGCGAAACAUUGGUGGCAAUCCACCAUGGAUAACCCCGAACUGUUGGAGGAGCGGCGCGCGGGUCUCGAAACCUAUCUCCGAGGCAUCCUUUCGCACCGAGACGACCGCUGGCGACUGACCCAUGAAUGGAACGAGUUUCUGGCUGUCCCCGCGGGGAGAUCUCAGGCAGAUUUAUUUACAGGACCCGCACCACAUUCCUUUACAACCGAAAGUUGGCUCGAGGAAUUCCGCACCCUUCAAGGUCUGGCACGGGAGGUACGAUCACUUAUCAAUCGACGGGAGACUCAUCUGGGCCGAAGCGAGAUCUCGGCUUCCCACAACUGCACUAUCCAAAGCAAGAAACUGUUGACCUCGUUGGGACUCCGGAUCCCGGCACUUGAGAACGGACUGAUGAGCUUAGCCAUGGGCACCCCUGGAGGUGGACGUAAAGGUAGCGUUAUGUCAGACGGAGAGCUGCGUCGACGACAGGAUAUGUUGUCGGAGCUGAAGGAUGAACGAGAAGUCCUGACCAAACUCGUUGUUGCGAACAGGCAGAACGAUGGAGUCGUUGGCUAUCAGGGUGCCGGUAGCAACGUACCAGCGAGCUCUGGAGACAGGAAUGCGCUGUUGGCUGGUAAGAGUGGUCGAAUGCCCAAUCCACGAAGAGUCUUUGGAAGGGUCGUCCAGAAUCUGACGCAGGAGACAUCGCAGACCAGAGGGCUCGACAACGAAGGGCUGUUGCUCCUGCAGCAGGAGCAGAUGAAGCAGCAAGAUGAUCACAUUGAGCAGUUCAAUGCGAUCUUACAGAGGCAGAAGCACAUCGGACUGGCCAUUGGACAGGAACUCGAUAAUCAGAAUCAGCUGCUAGAUGAGCUCGACCGGGACGUAGAUCGGACAACUUUGAAGCUAGGCCUCGUCAACAAGAAGAUCCAAAAGAUCAACUGA